ACUGGGUGCAUGCACGGAUGUCAGAGCUGCACUGCACUGCAGUCGCACGUAUUAGUUUGAUUAACAUUCGACGAAGACUGGACUAACUCACGGCAAGUGAAAACAAACAGAAAUUGAACAACCCUAAAGUCACCAUGACUGCCUCUGAUCUGUGAUCCCUUGUUGCUUUGGAGUAUGACAGCGCCUAUGACAGCAGUCGGUAUGGGAAAUCAGCGCUACUUUGACGUCUACCUGGAUGAUCCAAGCUCCAGCGAAGAAGAUGAAUACAUUGACCUCAGUCGACCUUUGAUGUCACCAAAGAAGUUUCCUCACAGGAUACCUUCACGUCCCACCCCAGUGAAAACGAACACUCCAGACACAAAACUUCCCAAACGCAAGCCAGUAUGGUACUUCAAGAGGAAGAAGGAUUGCCUCCAAGCUUUCUAUAUUGUCAUGAUUAUCAUGGUGAUUGUUAUAUUUGCCUUAGUUUUGAUGAGGAUCUUGAAUGAUGCAGCCAAACACAGGACAAGUGACGAUGACAAACAGAGUCAUCUGACAGCCAUUGCUGCACUUGGGAACUUUGCCAUGAGUAGGCCUUUCGGGAUCAACGUUAAGUUGAAGCCCACGGCAAAGCCCAUGGCAAAGCCCACUUUGUCUUCCAUUGUGAUUGAACCUUCAAAGACUAUUCCAAAGACUCCAACAGUUGCCAGUCAUGGAGAAAAAUCAAAAGUGGAUGUAGAUGUUGAAGAACCAAAACAAGAGCCUCAAAGAACAGUACUACCUUGUACCAAAUAUACUGUACAGGAUGUCUGGGUUCAGAACAUUCCGCAGCUACAGCUAGAGUCAGGCAUUCGACUCCUAGAUGUCAACCAGGAUGGUGUGCUGGAUGCGAUCAUAGGAUUUUCAACAGAUGCCACUGCCUAUUUUGCCCACCAGUACCUGAUGUGUUCUAUUUACUUCAAUGGAUCGGUUCCUUGUUUUGGAGGCGUUCUUGCCCUGGACGGCAUCACUGGUCAGGAACUCUGGAGACACUAUUCAAGUAUGGAGGUCUUUGCUGUUAACUGCAACGGUGACCUGACGGGAGAUCGGGUCAAUGACUGUGCCAUAGCAGGCAGGGCUGGGGUUAUGGAAGCAGUCGAUGGCACGAGUGGGAAGCUACUGUGGAAGUACCAUGUUAAAAAAGCGGGCGAGGCUCUUAGCAACUUCUACACUGCACAGUUUAUACAUGAUGUCAAUGGGGAUGGAGUCCGAGACUUGCUCAAUGCCCUCGGGGGUGAUCCUGUGAGAGAACCAGGUGCUCCAGUGACCCAUAGUGGAAAUGUAAUGCUUCUGAGUGGCUCGGAUGGUAGUGUCAUUAGCGCUUGUGGAGUACCUGAUGGCAUGGAAUCGUAUUACUCUCCUCAGAUUUUUUACCAGCAUGGUGGGAAAGCCAUGGUUCUAUUCGGAACUGGGGGAGAGACAGUGGGAGGCUCCCUGUGGGCUAUACCUCUCGAUGACAUCAUUAUUUGUAACAUGACACAGGCAAAGGUCAUCUAUACUGACCCCUUCAAGGGUGUGAUGACGCCCCCUGUCCUUGUUGACCUCACUGGCGAUAGGGUCAAAGACAUUGUCAUGUCCAUGUUCAAUUCAACCGUUAUAGCGUUCAAUGGUCAGACAUAUGAACAGCUUUGGAAUUAUUCCAUGCCUUCUUCAGAAUCAUACAGUACCCCAGCUGCUGGUUUCUAUAAUGAUGAUGAUGUGCCUGACUUCAUGGUUGUCUAUAACUAUGGACCCGGCUACCCUCUCUACUACUAUGUGCAGGUAAAAAAAUGAUAAUUCAUUAAAG